ACGGGGGGCGCGGCCCCGGCGCCUCAGACAGAGCGGCCGCCGGGCGGGAGCACCAUGUGCGGGAUCUUUGCUUACCUGAACUACCAUGUGCCCCGGACGAGGAGGGAGAUCCUGGAGACCCUCAUCAAGGGGCUGCAGCGGCUGGAGUACAGGGGCUAUGACUCUGCAGGUGUGGGACUGGAUGGUGGAAACGACAAGGACUGGGAAGCCAAUGCCUGCAAAAUCCAUAUUAUCAAGCAGAAGGGCAAAGUGAAGGCCCUGGAUGAAGAGGUUCACAAGCAACAGGACAUCGACCUGGACAUCGAGUUUGAUGUGCACCUUGGCAUCGCCCACACGCGCUGGGCCACCCACGGGGAGCCCAACCCCAUCAACAGCCACCCCCAGCGCUCCGACAAGAACAACGAGUUCAUUGUCAUCCACAACGGCAUCAUCACCAACUACAACGACCUGCGGAAAUUCCUGGAGAGCAAAGGCUACGACUUCGAGUCGGAGACGGACACGGAGAGCAUCGCCAAGCUGGUCAAGUACAUGUACGACAACCGCGAGAGCGACGACAUCAGCUUCACCACCCUGGUGGAGAGGGUCAUCCAGCAGCUGGAAGGUGCUUUUGCCCUUGUGUUCAAGAGUGUUCAUUAUCCUGGGCAAGCAGUCGGUACCAGGCGAGGCAGCCCCCUGCUCAUCGGCGUGCGCAGCGAGCACAAGCUCUCCACCGACCACAUCCCCAUCCUGUACCGCACCGGGAAAGACAAGAAGGGGAGUUGCAACCUGUCCCGUGUCGACAGCACCACCUGCCUCUUCCCCGUGGAGGAGAAAGCUGUGGAGUAUUACUUUGCUUCUGAUGCCAGUGCCGUCAUCGAGCACACCAACAGGGUGAUCUUCCUGGAGGACGACGACGUGGCGGCCGUGGUGGACGGGCGUCUGUCCAUCCACCGCAUCAAGCGCACGGCCGGCGACCACCCGGGACGGGCCGUCCAGACCCUGCAGAUGGAGCUGCAGCAGAUCAUGAAGGGCAACUUCAGCUCAUUUAUGCAGAAGGAAAUAUUUGAACAGCCAGAAUCCGUCGUCAAUACGAUGAGAGGAAGGGUCAACUUCGAUGACUACACUGUGAACCUGGGUGGGCUGAAGGAUCACAUCAAGGAGAUUCAGAGGUGUCGGCGUCUGAUCCUCAUCGCGUGUGGCACGAGUUACCACGCGGGCGUGGCGACCCGGCAGGUGCUGGAAGAACUGACUGAGCUGCCUGUUAUGGUGGAACUCGCCAGUGACUUCCUGGACAGGAACACUCCCGUGUUCAGAGACGACGUCUGCUUCUUCCUCAGCCAGUCAGGGGAGACAGCAGACACCCUGAUGUGCCUGCGGUACUGCAAGGAGAGGGGAGCCCUGACCGUGGGCAUCACCAACACCGUGGGCAGCUCCAUCUCCCGCGAGACCGACUGCGGCGUGCACAUCAACGCGGGCCCCGAGAUCGGCGUGGCCAGCACCAAGGCCUAUACCAGCCAGUUUGUGUCCCUGGUGAUGUUUGCCCUGAUGAUGUGUGACGACAGGAUCUCCAUGCAGGAGCGGCGCAAGGAGAUCAUGCGCGGGCUGAAGGGGCUGCCAGACUUGAUCAAAGAGGUGCUGAGCAUGGAUGAUGAGAUCCAGAAGCUGGCCACAGAGCUGUACCAUCAGAAGUCAGUCCUCAUCAUGGGACGGGGCUACCACUACGCCACAUGCCUGGAGGGAGCUCUGAAAAUUAAAGAGAUCACCUACAUGCACUCGGAGGGUAUCCUGGCAGGGGAGCUGAAGCACGGUCCUCUGGCACUGGUGGACAAGCUGAUGCCCGUUAUCAUGAUCAUCAUGAGAGACCACACCUAUGCCAAGUGCCAGAACGCCCUCCAGCAGGUCAUUGCACGGCAGGGGCGACCUGUGGUGAUUUGUGACAAGGAAGACAUCGAGACCAUUAAGAACAACAAGAGAACCAUCAAGGUUCCCCACUCAGUGGACUGCCUGCAGGGGAUCCUGAGUGUCAUCCCCCUCCAGCUGCUGGCCUUCCACCUCGCCGUGCUCCGGGGAUACGACGUUGAUUUUCCAAGAAAUCUGGCCAAGUCCGUAACUGUAGAGUGAAAGAUCAUCUGAAUCAUAGGGGCAAAGGGGAAUUAAAUGAAAGACUUUUUUUGGUACCAAAAUAACUCGAUUUUAAAGCCCCCUAGGUAAAUCUUAUUUUGGUAAAUCAUUGUUUGUGUAUAAGAUCACCAUAAUUCCAUUACAUUAGUGAUUGUCCAGUUGAUUCCACAUGCUAUGUCAAUAAUAGCUUUGGGUUUUUUUGAACAAUAGACUUCCAUGAAAGAUGUUAAAUGGUUUUCUUAAAGAUUA